UCAGGUAGUUCGAAAUGAUGCAACGCCUAUUCAUUUCAUUUUCAUCGACAACAAAAGGGGUAAUCAACUGUCAUCAAGCGUUACGAUUAUGGAUGGAAGUACUGCUCACUGUAUACUUCCUGCCAUUUUGUAACACGGUGAAAUGUUUGGAUUGUGUCGGUAAAGACUGCAUGGGGACAUUUUGCGAGGGUGACUAUUGCAUUCUCGGAACGUAUGCGCCGCGAUGGGGAACCAUUGAAUGGGGAGAACCACGCACUGUUAAAGGUUGUAUAAGUGGACGAAUGCUGGAAAAAAAUAUCAGAAGUCACUGUGAGACUGCUGAUGAAGAUGGCGAGGAACCAUUUACCUGCUUUUGUGACAAAGACUACUGCAACAAUGACAAGGCGAUUCGACGAUUGGAGGCUGCACCAGUACCUCUCAUCACGUGUGUGUGCAAAGGGGCUCAUUGUGAGAGUAAAACCUGUAUUGGUGAGAUGUGUUCCUACGUCGUCAACCAUCGCACUAAAAAGUCUGAACAGGGAUGUGUAAAUGCCUCAGUGCCGUUAAUCGAGAGGAGAUCAGCAGGUUCUUGCAUGAUCCCGCCUAUUACCGGUGCUAUGCAUCAUACGGUUUCCAAGGAUCCACAUGAAUUACUCGCAACGGAAGCAUGUAUAUGCAUGACUGAUUAUUGUAACAGUGAGAAACCGGAAAUUACGCAACCAGAAAAAAUGAAGUGUCAGACAUUCGUUACACUGGAAGCAGUAGGAACUAAGGUGUCAUCACGAAAUACAACUUGUACCGGCGAAUUUUGUUUCAAAGCUUCCAUCAAAAGUAAGCUCGGUCAUAUGACGGAAUAUAAAACGAUGGGUUGUGCAUCAUUUCUAGAUGGAGCUGAACUUGCUGAAGAAAUGCAGCCGACGGGUUGUGCACGAUUCGAAUCUGAAAAAGUGGAAGUUGAGUCUUGUUUUCAGACUAACGACAGGCGCGCGAUAGGAAGAGCUCGAGCAAAUCAGGAAACCGUUUUACCGAGAGCAAAAAGCAAAGAACCAAAUUACAGGAAAACAAUAAAGAAACCGCCUAAAAUGGAGGUAGAUUAUGAAGAUGACGACAAAGAAGAGGAAGAAAGAGAGGAGGAAAAUAAAGGAGAGGAGAAAGAAUCGAGAAGAAAACAAAAGGCAGCAAGUCAAGACCGUAAGAAAGAAAGAGGAAAAGAAGACAGGAAGGAAGAGGAAGAUGAAAUUGGAGGUGGAGAACACGAGGACGAAGGGAAGAUGGAUGAUAAAAAGGAAAAAGGAAAAAGCAAAGGAGCUGCAGGAAAUGGAGAAAAGAAGGAGAAGGGGAAGGAAGAGGAGGAGGAGGAGGAGGAGGAGGAAGAGGAAGAAGAGGAAGAGGAGAAUGCGAAAGAAGAUAGCGAACAGAAUGAAAGAAAGAUUAAAAAUAACAAGGAGACGACAACAGCAAUUUUCAUAUUCGAGAAGCCAACAGAACCACCAAUUCCUGAUGAUUCAAAUAUAACACUGAUAACGAUAUUCAUUUUACUUAUGGUACUCAUAGUAAUGUCUGGUGCGGUAUGGAAACUUCAGUUACACAAACGACUAUUUCGCGCAAACUACGACACUGUAGCGGGCGGUUAAUCUAUUCUGUUAAUCCAUUUCAUCUUACUUAGGCUUUUCACUUGAAGUAAUAAGGGACGAUGCAAUUUUUUCAUGUCAAAUAGAAUGCUGAAAUGUUGCAAACUGAUCAGGGGACAUUUCUGAUUCUGCUUUAAUUUCAUUUUUUUCUAGAAUUUAAACUUCUUCAAAUUGACAAAGUGAUGACGUUUCCCGAUGUUUGGUUACCUUCGUUCAUGUAUUAUCCCCAUUUGAUUGUUUU